UCCCGCGGGGUAGACGCCGGCCUCUUCUGGCGACGGAGGACGGGCCGUACCCCUUUCCGUUUUCGGUGGAAAGACUCGAAGGGAACAACGCGGAUUCCGCCUCGGAGGACGAGGGAGGAGCCAAACAGCCUUCGAAUUCCGGGAAAAUAACUGAAAUGAGUUUUUUUCAGAAUGCGGCCUUCCUUCCGUCCGUCUGACUUCCGGAUCUUUCUGUCGACGUGUCUGUGGGCGGUUCUGGUCUCGCGCGGCCGUUCGUGUCUGGAACGAAGAGAUUCGGGCUAUCUACGGAUCGAUUGCGAAGGGAAUGAAAGUCUCCCCUCUUCCGUUUCCGGCGACCAUCGACGUCUUGACCUGGCCAACGCAGAACUGGACCGAGCGCCCGACGACUUCUUCGGAAAAAUCGACCCGGUUCGUCUCAGACUCUUCGCUUUCGAAGUGUACGACGACUUCCGCCCGCGAACCAAAGGUGCUUUGCGAAGUCUGGAAGUGUACGACACGCGCUCCGUCUUCUCGUGGACGUUUUCCCCACGACACCUAGCCAACCUGACGCAUCUGGUGCUGGACAACGCGGGAGUGUAUUUUGCGGGCGAAGAGCUGAACCAGCUGACUUCCCUCCGCUUCCUGGAGGUGCGCGACUCGUCCCUGGCCUGGACGUCCCCCGACGGUUUCGCUAAUCUGAAGGAGCUUCGUCUUCUGUGUCUGAGCGGCAAUCUUCUGAAGACGUUCCGCCGAAACUACCUGCCCAACCCCGCUCCUCACCUGUGGCACCUGGACCUCAGCUUCAACAGAAUCGUGGAACUGCCCGCCGACUUCUCCGUCGGCCUGCCCCGCCUGAGGGAGCUGAAGCUGGACCACAAUCGACUCCGAAGACUUCCAGACGAGACCGCGCCCCUUUGCCACCUGCGAGAACUCUGGAUUCACGGUAACCCGCUGUGCGAAGAGAAAGAAGUAAAAGAUCAGUCGCAGUGCUACCCCCCCGACUCGCUUUGUUCCUUCUGUCAAAAAUAAACGUGGCCGUAUUUUCAUCACUCCGAAGAAAGUGUCCGCCGUCGACUUUUUUGGCAGCGGAAAUUUAGUAGUUGUGGUUUGAACAAGUUUUAGUCCAUUUUAAAAUAAAAAUCUUUUGACUUCUUAA